GCUCUUGAUCUUUAGUGAAACUAAGAGCUCAUCAAACCUGGCAUAAGUCAAAUCUCCAGAGUUGCUAAGUACUGUUUCCUAUUUUAUAUACCUACUACCUGAAAGCUUCUUUUAGCUACAUUCACUUUUGUUGAGCAGAGAUAAGGUUGUAUAUUAAGUUAAAACAUUGUUUAAAAUAAAUAAAACCCCUGAGUUAGGCACAUUGACAAUUAAAAUGAGCUGUUUUGUACUUUAAGAUAUCCCAUCACGGAUAUACCAUGGUUAAUAUCAAUGUUAGAAAUUAUCAAGGGAAUAAUAAUUAUGUACUAACUAAAUUGAAGAAAAAAUAGUGCUCAGUAAACGUUCUGGUUUUUAAUAUUCCAUCUCAGAAAUGCAAAAUGUUCAGGGUGCAUGAGAUAAUUGUGUUUGUUUUUUGUUUGUAUUUUUUUUUUCAAUUUCUGUGGUACUUAGUGUAGAGAAUUUAACUGAACAACUUAAUGAAAAAUACUUAAAUGUUGCAGGUGAAUAUUUAUGAAUUCAGAAUCCAUGAAGUUUAAGAUUGUGGUUCCCACAGCAUCCACAACUUUUGUCUUGGCUUCUGUAUAGGGUUUAGAAUUACUGAGCUAAAUGCUGUUCCUAAUCUACCUGACUUUUCCCAUGUUGAUGUGAAAGCUGAUAUGGGAAUUUGACUCAGGAUUUAUGGGUAAAUUUUUUGUGGGAAUAUAUUUCUUUUUCCAAUUUGCCUAAGAUAAUAUUGAGUAGCAAUGAUUAUUCCAUCUUUUUAAUCUUUAACAUCUUUUUUCAAGACUAGCCAUUUUCCAACUUUCAUUAAAACUUUACAGUCCAACACUGUACAGGCACUGCUGUUCAUUUUACUCCUGCUGGGUGUAUAUGGCAAGUAUUGUCAUGAUUCUUUGAUGGACAAUAUGGGUAAGCUCUGAGGGAGGUCUUCAGUUUCUUGCAGCUCUCUUAGGGUACUUAACUAAGUUCAUAAAAAGUCUAGCUGAGCAAUUAAAACUAAAUCCAAUGACAAGACGAACACUUCCUUCAUGAAGGCCCUCUACCACUAUCAGAUGUGGGAAAGGACAGAGAUACAUAUACAGAUGAUUCAGAACAUGGGAAUUACGAUGCUCGUACAGAUCACUCAUUGCUUAUUCAAAAUAAGCUCGUCAGGCAGAAAACAGAACCUCGAACCAAAUCAUCUUUAAAGAGUGAUGCCAUGGCAUCAUCAGGACUCUUCUUCAAAGAUGGCAAAAAGCGCAUUGACUACAUCUUGGUCUACAAGAAAUCAAGUCCACAGGUGGAAAAAAGAAGCACAUUUGAGAAGAAUUUGAGAGCAGAAGGGCUAAUGUUAGAACGGGAGCCAGCUGUUACCAACAGUGAUAUCAUGUUUGUUAAAAUUCACUGUCCGUGGGAGACAUUGUGCAAAUAUGCAGAAAGAAUGAAUAUCAGGAUGCCUUUCAGGAAAAAAUGUUAUUACACUGACUGGAGGAGCAAAACCAUGGGCAGUUUGCAGAGGAAUAUUAGAGAGCUAAAAAGUUGGUUGCCGAGAAAUCCAAUGAAGCUUGAUAAGGAGGCCUUGCCCGAUUUGGAAGAAACAGAUUGCUACACAGCACCCUUUAGCCGUGCACGCAUACACCAUUUUACAAUAAACAACAAAGACAGCUUCUUCAGCAAUUCCACAAGAAGUAGAAUUGUGCAUCAUGUGCUACAGAGAACUAAAUAUGAAGAUGGAAAAUCCAAAAUGGGUAUUAAUAGGUUACUAAAUAAUGGAUCAUAUGAAGCAGCAUUUCCACCACAUGAGGGAAGUCAUAAAAGCAGACAUCCCAUCAAAACACAUGGAGCACAGAAUCACAGACACCUCUUGUAUGAGCGUUGGGCACGAUGGGGAAUGUGGUACAAAUACCAGCCUCUUGAUUUAAUCAGGCGAUACUUUGGUGAAAAAAUUGGACUGUAUUUUGCCUGGCUGGGAUGGUAUACUGGAAUGCUCAUUCCUGCUGCCCUGGUUGGGCUCUUUGUUUUCCUCUAUGGAUUAUUUACUAUGGAUUCCAGCCAAGUAAGCAAAGAGAUCUGCGAGGCAAAUGAAACCAUUAUGUGCCCUAUGUGUGAACGCAACUGCACACUACAAAAACUCAACGAAAGCUGCAUAUAUGCCAAGGUUACACAUUUGUUUGAUAAUGGAGGGACUGUCUUCUUUGCAAUUUUCAUGGCAAUUUGGGCAACAGUCUUUCUAGAGUUUUGGAAAAGACGGAGAGCUGUAUUAACUUAUGAUUGGGACCUCAUAGACUGGGAAGAUGAAGAGGAGGAGCUGCGUCCUCAGUUUGAAGCUAAAUAUUCCCAAGUGGAAAGAGUAAACCCCAUCACAGGAAAACCUGAACCUUUUCAGCCUUUCCCUGAUAAGCUCAGUCGACUGAUGGUGUCUGUCUCAGGAAUAUUCUUCAUGAUUUCACUGGUCCUUACUGCAGUGUUUGCAGUUGUGGUAUAUCGACUGGUAGCCAUGGAGCAGUUUGCUUCUUUCAAGUGGUAUUUCAUCAAGAAGUAUUGGCAGUUUGCAACAUCUGGCACUGGAGUCUGUAUCAAUUUUAUGAUCAUCAUGUCACUCAAUGUUGUAUAUGAAAAGGUUGCCUAUCUCCUGACAGACCUAGAGCACCCUAGAACAGAAUCUGAGUGGGAAAACAGCUUUGCUUUGAAAAUGUUCCUCUUCCAGUUUGUCAACUUGAAUAGCUCCAUCUUCUACAUUGCCUUUUUUCUUGGCAGAUUUGCAGGCCGCCCAGGAAAAUACAACAAGCUUUUUAACAGAUGGAGGCUGGAAGAGUGUCAUCCUAGUGGCUGCUUGAUAGAUCUGUGCUUACAAAUGGGAGUCAUUAUGGUUUUAAAACAAAUGUGGAACAACUUCAUGGAACUAGGCUAUCCUUUAUUACAGAAUUGGUGGUCACGACGCAAAAUGAAGAGAAGAGGGCAAUCAAUGGAGAGUAAAAUUUCUCUACCUCAGUGGGAAAAAGAUUGGAAUCUGCAACCUAUGAAUCUCCAUGGUUUAAUGGAUGAAUAUUUAGAGAUGGUUUUACAGUUUGGCUUUACCACCAUCUUUGUUGCUGCCUUCCCACUGGCACCUCUUCUGGCACUGCUUAACAAUAUCAUAGAAAUCAGGUUAGAUGCGUACAAGUUUGUCACUCAGUGGCGAAGACCCAUGCCUGCAAGAGCAACAGAUAUAGGUAUUUGGUAUGGAAUUCUGGAAGGAAUUGGAGUUCUGGCUGUCAUCACCAAUGCCUUUGUUAUUGCCAUUACUUCUGAUUACAUUCCACGUUUUGUCUAUGCAUACAAAUAUGGUCCCUGCACAGAUCAAGGGUACAGACAAGAAAAAUGCUUAAAAGGAUAUGUCAACAGCAGUUUAUCAGUAUUUGAUCUGAGUGAACUUGGGAUGGGAUACUCAGGAUACUGUCGGUAUAGAGACUACAGAGCCCCACCAUGGAGUUCAACUCCAUAUGAAUUCACUUUGCAAUUUUGGCAUGUCCUGGCAGCACGGCUGGCCUUCAUAAUAGUAUUUGAGCACCUUGUUUUUGGAAUAAAGUCUUUCAUUGCCUACCUAAUUCCAGACAUACCCAAAGACUUGUGUGACAGAAUGAGAAGAGAGAAAUACUUAGUCCAGGAAAUGAUGUAUGAGGCUGAACUGGAACAUUUGCAAAGAGAAAGGAAAAAGAAUGGGAAACAGUAUCACCAUGAAUGGCCUUAGUCACUACCAUGCUGCAAUGAAAACACUGUUAGAAAUCGGAGAGUGAAGUUACAAAAUUAAGUCAAUCUGGCAUCAGUGUGAGAUUUGGUGGUGGUCUAUAUAUGUUCUCGCUAGGCAGUACAGUUGCAUACUUUGGUGGGCACUGAAAAAUAGGUGUUUCCAAUGAUGACAUUGAAAAGCCUUACCUGUAACUGGUCUGUGAUGAGCUCCAAUGACAAUUGGCAUUCAGAAACGUGCAGACAGAUUAAAAGUCUGGACACUGUUUUUAAAAAAGGCAAUGGAUUUUCAUGCUAUUUAUGAAGAUAAUAUCAGCAUGAUGAAAACAGAAAAUUACCUGUGAAUCUAUGGAGUCAGGGCAUGACUAAAACUAACUAACUUCUACAGCUUCUGAUUGCUCAGCUCCAUCUGUAAUGCCUCUAAAGAAAAGAGCAGUUGUUGCCUUUGUGGCCAUGACUUGAACUUUCAGGCUUACUGUUUUGUCAGGUUUGUCCUAGUCUCUUGUUGAGAUUGUGGAUGUGGUCCUACCCUUAAAAAAGGGUCUGUGGCUUCUGAAUAUAUACUAUGCAGUUUAAGAUUUGCACAUCAGUGUCAUUAAUUUAUCCAUCUAGUUGAAAACCAAAAAGUCCAAAUUCAGAAAGAAAACAGCAGUACUAGGAGAAUGUAAUUUUCUGUUUGAAAAUUACACAACUGUUGAGUUGUCUUUCUAUUUUUGUGUGAAAGGCCAUCUCCACAUGCUUCCAGGAUGAAAGAACUGUCAUUUUCAUGCUGUGUUACUGUUCCUCUUGAUCUGUCUGGGCAGUGAUUCCAUGACUUCACAGAAUGCUAACUUGAAAUGCUCCCAUGCAGUGCAAAUUACUUUCUCUUCAAAAUACAAUUAUAUCUUUAUAGUAUGCAAGCUUCUGCAGGUAUGUAUGAGACAUACAGUAUAACUUUGUGGCUUGCUUGUUCAGGGAAGGAGAAGAAGAGAAAUUUGUAAUAAUGUUUUUAUUGUUGUUACAGUAAUGUACACUUCUUUUAUUGGCCUAAAUAUGUCAUAACAUUGGAGCUGAAUACAGGCAAAUAUGUAUACUGAUUGUAUAUAAAUGCAUACACACAUGGUGGUUAUUCUUAGAUUUACUUUUAUUAUUAGUGGUAAUAGUAUUAGUAUUAGCAUUAGCAUUAGCAUUAGCAUUAGUAUGCCUUCUUACACUUUGGGAGGGAUUUUUUCGAUAAAAUCACUAAAAAAGUAGAUGUUAAUUGAAGAAUCAAAUUUCAGUUUUUAUGUGCAAGCAGCAUACUGUGGUAUUGCUUGUGGUUAAUAGUCACAUUUUGUUGAUGAAAUUCUCUGUUACUAACACUUCAUAAUACAGGAAAACUACUUAAUGUUUAAACAAGUUUGAAGGGAUAUCUUGCAUGGAAGGAAAUGGAUAAACAGAGUUACUGUUCUGUUUCUCUUGUACAAUUUUAAAUAAUGCUUCUCUAUAUUGGAUGAGAAAAAUCUAAAAAACAGACUCAGCAAAGCAGAAUAACUACAAGGUCUACAAAUUUUGACAUUAUUUUUAGGGAUAAAGCUACAGCAAAAUCACUGCUGACCGAUAUGAAACUACCUGAAUUUUUGAUAUUUACAUCAUCCUUUUGAAUUAAAAAGUGUGACUCCAGUAUUCACUUGCAUUUAUUAGCACAAUAAUUUUAUUUUAUUUCACUGAAAUUAGUUUCAAGAGUCAAGAGGCCAUCAAAGUGGGUAAAUAGGAUAUGUUGUAUCUAGUGAGCCUAACAUCAGACUUUUAAGUUCUUCAGUUGUUUCACCACAUUCAUGAGAUUUUGUUGUUAAUUUCAGCUCUGUUACCAGACAAGGCACUUGUAGGAGUAUCUAUAGCACUGCAUGAGAGGAGGAAAUAAAUUUGAAGAUCUGGUCCAAUCAGAUUCAUUACCCAUUCAUUCUGUGAUAAAGGGUUGAUGGAACUCAGCUUGCCGUGUUUUGCAACGGCUGUUUUGUUCCUUCGUAUUCAGGGUUGUGCAUUAAGUCCCUCAGGAGUCAUUAUCAGAAAAAAAAAAUUACUACACUCCUCCUCUACACUGUGCUAAUAGAAUCACAACAUUUGAUUUAAUUUAUUGUCUCUCAUUCUGUGUCUCAUUCUGUGGAUUGUUAGGCACCGUUUGACAGCAUUAACCCUGUGUCACAGUUUUUGUUUCUGUACCACCUAGUGAUAAUAUUUUAAUGCUUCAGAAGGUCACAGAUGAGCUCUUUUUAAUAUUUUCCCUAAAAACAAAAUGUAUUGGCUGGCCCGAGUUAUAAAGGGCAAAAUCAGGCAAAAAUUAGGAAUAUAAUUAUAUAUUUUCUUGUUUCUGCUAUUUAUAUUGGCCCAUGUCAAUACAUACCUACGCAAAUUCCAAUUGGACUUGAAAAACCACAUUAAAAAUCUUUUUGUAUUUGAGAUUUACAUAUAUCUAUAUUAUGAAUUUUUUCAAUGCUGGAAUAUAAGAGAAUAUGAAAAGCAAGGAUAUGGAUCUAACAUGGUGCAUUUUAUGCACUGCAAAAGCACAAGAAGUUUGGAGAAACGUUCUGUGUGUCCUUUACCUAUGGAGGACAUCAACAAUGUGUAAAGGUCUUACCACUGUCUAGCCAUUUGCUUAAGCUGAGAAACCUUUUUGCUAGACUUUGCUUAUGCUGUUUUCAUUGACUGCACGUUAUUUUCCUAAAAAAUAAGGCACACACUGUCCUCAGGAAUAAUGUAUUUUUUGAAUGGUGAAUGAGCUUUUCAUAUUCUAGAUAUUUAUUUUCAAACAAAUGACUAAUAUGACUAAACUGUGCAUGCAGGCUGCAUUUGUGAAAUUUGACAAAGCUUUAGAACCUCAAUUUUUGCAAAAAUGCUUUAGAUCAUUCCAGAUCUAGUCUAUGAAAACUUUCCUCUAUGCAUGUGCCCUUGGAGAGACUGCAUGAGCAACUAGAUUUUUUUAUAUAUAAAGUAUUUGUUCAAAAUGUGUUAAUUAUUCUUAAGCAAAUUCUGCAUCUUGAUUCAGACAAAAAAAAAUUUCCAUUUCAGAAAUGGCACAAAGUCCAGAUACAUGAUACACACCUCAUUUCUUAUGACUUUUUAUUCUAAAUUUGUGCCUAAUGUGUGAGAACUGAAUUUUGGUGAAUAAAAAAAGGAAAAUAAGAGUUCUGUUUUAUUUGCUAUCCUAAUGAGACGUUCCCCAAAGUUUGUCUCUACAAAGAGGGAGGCAUUAAGAAUAUUCACAACUGAGUGGUAAGGCUUGCCUGAAUGUUGAGCUCAGGCACCCACAGCACACUGAUGGAGCAUCCUUCAAUGGAUAUUUGGAAACAAGGUAAACCUCAUGGUGAGUUCAGCAAAGCCUUCUAAAUUGUGACCUAUGGCUUUCUCCCGGAGAAGGUGGCAGCAGGUGCACUCUUAGCUGGAUUAAAGAUGACUGGAUGGCCAUGCCCAGAGGGUGGCAGUGAAUGCUGUUUACCCAGCUGGCAGCUGGUCAGUAGUGUGGUUCUCCAAGGCUCAGUCUUGGGACCAGUUCUGUUAAAUGUCUUUAUCGACGAUCUGAACAAGGGGAUCAAGGGCAUUCUCAGUGAGUUUGCAGACAAUACUAAGUUGGGUGGGAUUGUUGAUCUGUUGGAGGGCAGGAAGGCUCUGCAGGUGGAUAUGGACAGGCUGGAUCAAUGGGCCAAGGUCAGUGGAGCGUUCACUGUGGCAGAGUGCCAAGUCUUAUCCCUGAAUCACAGCAACCCACUUCAGUGCUACAAGGUGAGGGCAGAGUGGAAAGCUGCCCUGUGGAAAAGGGGUCCCAGUCAACAGCAGCUGAACAUGAGCCAGCAUCUGCCCAGGUGGAAAAGAAACACAAUGGCAUCCUGUCCUGUGUGAGAAAUAGUGUGGCCAGCAGGACUAGGGAAGUGAUUGUCCAUCUGUACUUAGGACUAAUGAAGCCACAUAUUGAGACCUGUGUCCAGUUCUGGGUCCCACAUUCCAGGCAGAUAUUGAGGUGCUGGAGCUUGUCCAGAGAAGGGCGAUGAAGCUGGUGAGGCAUUUAGAGAGAUUAAGUCAUAGGAGGAGUGGCUGAAGGAGAUGUGCUUGUUUAGUUGGAUGAGGAGGCUCAGAGGAGUCUUAUCACUCUCCACAAUUACCUGAAGGGAUUGUAGCAAGGUGGGAGUCAGUGUCUUCUACCAGGCAACUAGUGACAAGACAAGGGAACAUAACCUCAGGCUGCACACAGUAAGGUUCAGGUUGGACAUCAGGAAGAAUUUUUUCAUUUAAAGCACUGGAACAGGCUACCUUGGAAGGUGGUGGAGUCAUCAUCCUUGGAAGUGUUCAAGAAAUUACUAGACAUGGCCCUUAGUAGUGUGAUUUAUUUGUGAUGGUGAUAUUUGGUCAAAGACUGGACCUGAUAAUUUUGGAGUUUUUCCAGUAUUAAUGAUUUUUUUUUUCCUAACCCUUUUCAUUAAAGGAUUUAUAGAGAAAAUGGUGACAGGGCUAAAAUUUCAAUAGUGAUGAUGGAUGACAAAUAAGCUUUUGUUUUUUGUUAGAUGUUUCUUUGGAAGUACAUAUGUUCACUAGUAUGAAAUAUACAUCAGCUGGGGCUAUGCCCUUUUCCCACAACAACUUUUCAAAAGUUAUCUUCUGAGGCACAGUUAGGCUCAGUUGUCCUGUGGAAAGCUCAAAAGGAAAAUGUCUAGACAGACUAUUAAAAAUGCAUUAGUAGAUAAAUACUUUAACAGAAAAACUAAUAAAUUUCUAGAAGUUUCCUUCAUAAAAGGUUCUACAGAAGGAAAAAUACCUUGAGAAACAGCUUCAGGGUGAGUAUUACUAUGGGCAAAGGCAAGGGUUUUGGUGAUGUUUUAUUCUUAAUGUGCCAUUACGAUAAUCAGUCUAAUCAUAUGUGUAAUGCACAUCUGCUCUUUUCUUGCUGUGGCUUCCUCCACUGCAGACUCCAAUUGGGAGUGUUGGCAGAGAGAAUUUCUGGAGCCAUGGAAUCCAUUGGAGUUACCUGGUAUUGUGGGACUUAGCAAACUUUUGCAUUAUGUCACAGUUUGUUUGGAGGCAAAUUAGCAUAGUUAUCCCAUAAAUGUCACCAAUUUUCAUUAAAAUUAUUAUGAAUUAGAUUUUUUACAUAUACCGGGCAAUAGCCUUAUCAAUAAAACUGAUUUUAUACAAACAGGAACUUAUAAAUGUGGUAAAAUUGAUGGAAUUUUUUUAAAAAAAUCAUAUUUUCUAUUUAGUGUCUGUUUCUAGUAAGAAAAUGGACAGAGAUAAAAAUAAUGGUGUCAGUAAUCACUUACAAUGCAGUAGUACUUCCAAAGCAUUAUAUUUUUUGGAAUCCUCAUAAAGUGCUGAUGUUGCUUGUUUGGGGGCAAAGAUUGAAACAAAUAUAAGAGCAGGAUUUCAUAAUAAUUAUGAAAGUCUGAAUUCAUUCUAGUCUGAGUCUAGAAUUCAAACAGAAGUCCACUUCUAGGCAGACCUGUUAUUCUGUUCCAAUGCAUACUUUGUCUGACUAAAAUGCAUAUAUUGACACUUUUUGGAAGUUUUAAAGUGAAUUCUAACCUAUAUUCCUGUAGUGGAAAAUCUAGUAGCUUAAAAAAUUCCCUAAGUCUUUUCAUACUCAACCUCAUGCUUGCAAAACCCAUUUUCUUCUGAGGUUAAAAUUCAGCAACCAGCAUGUGGAGGGUAAGAACGAGCAGAAGGCAGCAAAGGGCUCAUGCUCACUCCAACAAGUUUUGCUCCAGAAUUGCAACAGGCUCUGAAAAAUAAGGGUUUGAGGAUGAAGCAUGGGGACAGGCCUCCUGAUCUUUUUUUUUUUCUCCUUUGGCUUAUUCUUUACUUAUCCUCAGUGUUUUAUUACAUACUGCCUUCUGGGUGACAGUCCAAUUUCCAGGGCAAUUUGGUAACAGCAGAUUAUUUUACAGGCUGGUUUUGGAUGUCCCUUACUGAGGUGCCAAAGCAGAAAGUGCACAAAUACUAGUCUGUCUGGUGCUUUUUACAAAUCAGUAUGCACUGAUAGGAUGAGGCAGUGUGAGACAGUAUGGGGUACUUGUACCUGUGCUGUUUUGGUCCUUUCAGUCACUUCCCCAAGCACCACAGUUUUUUAUCCAUAUAUCCCUUCCUACACAUACACACACAUCCUAAAUAUCCUACGCAAUUGUAUAAUUUUGAAAUUUCUAUAAUGGAUUUGUUUUGACAAUUUUUAUCUCAUACUUCCUUUGCAAAGACAUUUACGAGAAAUUUGGAUUGGCAUAACCAUAAUAGCACAAUGUUACUACAACAGCACAAUGUUCUAAUGGCACAACUCCGAACAGUAGGGAAAUCACUAUUCCAUGUUAUACAGGAACUUUUUAAAUCCAGGACUGAGAUUUAGCCUUGAAAUGGUAAUGGUGUAUUACCAUUUCACUGCACUUGAAAUGACCUUGUGUUAGUUCUGUUGGCUCAUUCUAUCUUCUUGAUACAGCCUCUGUAUUGCUAGUUGUUCUCUGUAGUUUGCAUUCUUAUUGACAUGGGCUACUUGUUAGGAUGCAACAGAAUGAGAAAUUAGGGGUUUAAUUGGGAAAUUAAACCAAAUGGAGUAUAAAGCUACUGAGAUUUUAACCACUGAGAACACAAUUAUUUUUUUGUUAAUAAUGGAAAAAAAAUCAGAUCACAUUUUCUUUUCAUGUUCUAUUUGAAUUACUUGGAGUUUCGUAUUGAAAAAAUCUUCCAAACUGUUGGCUCUAAUUUUUACCUAGAGUAGUAUCAUUGAAAUUUCAGUUCUUUGAAAUAAUCUCAUGUAAAAUGUAACUGAAUAAGAUAGUUCAGUCAUUUUUUUACUCUAAUAGUCCUGGCUAACUUGCAAUAUCAUGAUCAUAAGAGAUUUCUUAAAAUGUGUAUAUAUUUGAAAUUUAUGUAAUGUUUAAAUACAACUUGAUUUCUAAGUAAGGAGUAAGAAUAAAAUUUCUGCUAUUUUUUCUACUCAUGAAUCUACACUUUGUAAGUAAUAUUUAAAAGAAGUUUACAGUAUCAGCAUUUUGGAGAAAUCUACUUUUCUGUGCAAAAACUAUACGUUCCUCCAGCAAGUCUGUUUUAAGAACCUUUUGUGUUUUAAGAUUGCUUUUACAAGCAGCUAUGUACCCCAGAAGUAAAAGAAUUCACUGAGCAAAAAGUUGUAAAUCUGCUUAACUAUUGUAAGACACUUUUGUCAUAAAUUUGUCUUUGGGAUGCUGUUUACUUUAUUAAGGUUUACAUAUACAAAUGCAACUACUUGCUGUAUCAUGCACAUUUGAUUAUUACUUUUCUUUUUCAGUAAUAAAC